CGGCCCGGUUCCUGGAGAGCAGGCGCACUGCACGGCACUGCGCGGGUUCCGGGAGCGGAACCGAUCACCCUUCGCGCAGCAGGCGCGCUCGGAACUGCAAGCCGGGGCCGCGGGUCCAGGCGCCAGCCCUGCACGGGGCACCGCCGGGAUCCCCGGGACAGAGCCUGGCUCCCAGCCGCGGCCUCGUGGAGACCAGAUGGACAGGUUCCUGAUAAAGAAGGCUCCGCCGGACCCUUUGGGACUGAGGGGGCAGGAACAGGUGGCAGAAGACCAGGAGAGCGGCAGGAAAAGGCCGAGGAGAGCGGCAGACCCCGGGGCUGGGGGGGACCUGGCGGCCCCCCGCUGGCAGCGGAUCCGAGCGGAGGGCCUGGACUGUGACUACACGCUCCUGUUUGGCAAAGCGGAGGCGGAUGAGAUUUUCCAGGAGCUGGAGAAGGAAGUGGAGUAUUUCACAGGGGCUCUGGCCAGGGUGCAGGUGUUUGGGAAGUGGCACACGGUGCCCAGGAAGCAGGCGACGUACGGGGACGAAGGGCUGACCUACACGUUCUCCGGCCUGACCCUGUCGCCCCGGCCCUGGCUCCCCGUUCUCCUGCGUGUCCGGGCUCGCGUCUCCGAGGUGACGGGACAGACCUUCAACUUUGUACUGGUCAACAGGUACCGGGACGGCAGCGACCACAUUGGCGAGCACCGGGAUGACGAGCGGGAGCUGGACCCCGGGAGCUCCAUCGCCUCCGUGUCCUUCGGGGCCUGCCGGGACUUCGUCUUCCGCCACGGGCAGUCCCGAGGGAAGAAGGCCCCCCAGGGGCUGGCGGCGGUCAGGCUGCCGCUGGCCCACGGGAGCCUGCUGAUGAUGAACCCCCCGACCAACACCCACUGGUAUCACAGUCUCCCCGUCCGCAAGAAGGUGCUGGCCCCGCGGGUCAACCUGACAUUCCGUAAAAUCCUGACGAGUAAAAAGUAAAAUAAUAGU